AAGCAAUUUAAAAACAGACGUUGUCAUUUAGUUUACGCUCUAACACAUACCUGGCAGCCCCCUAAUUCCAGUGAACAAAAUAAACUUUUACUAUUUUACUACUUUCAGUUUUCAGUUUUCUCAGGAGGAUUCAGCCUGGUUGAAAUAACUCAGUUUCAGUUUUGAGAAUUGUUUUGAAAAGCGCUGGCUCCACUACAUACGUUUGGAAUUAAACGUUGUCAUUCCUCUCGACACAAUGUUGGAAGGAGAAGAUGGGAUGAGUGAUGAGACAGCUCAAGCACUUGAGGUUCUCCUGGGGACGUUUCCGGAAACCGACUUGAAUGUCGUGACGAGGGCUUUGGCUUAUGCCUUGAGUCUUGUCGGAGAAGGAGCGUUUAGCGCACUGGUGGAACAUGCUGCGACCUACAUUGUGGAGUCUGAUUCCUCAGACUUGUGUGAAUCAUCGUCAGCAUCAUCGACAUCUGGGGUUGCUAUGGUUACUACAGAUGACCGUUCUGAAGCAGGCUGUAGUACAACUAAAGUUUCGUCUCUGCAAACAGACAAUCGUGCUCCAGUCGGCAUUUCACACGGGAGCAGCUCCGACCACCCGAGGCUGUGUGUACACGAUGGUCGAAAUAUAGGACCGUGCCACACUGACAGUGUUGGUGGUAAACCCGAAGUAAAAAAUGUAAACCCUGUAGUUCGUAACGACGGUCCAGGUAAGAACAUCAUAGUUAUUUCUCCCAAUCCUUCUCCUCAGAAGGAGUGUGUGCUUGACCCUGUCAAGGAUUCUGGUUUGCCACACGCUCAGAGGGAGUGGCUUUCCGCGGUGCCCAAGUGUGAGACUGAACCCUCUUUCAACGUAGAAUUUUCUCACAGCGGAAGCAAUAGUGUCCUCAAGGGUAAAAUGGACACUUCUUCAGGGAAUAGAAAUGUUUUACCACCUAAAGCGCCGACUCAUUUUUCAAAAUCUAAGAGUGAAACCAUGGGUAAAAGUGGAAACACGGUGGACCAAGAGUUUAUCGAGGUGCACAUGUGUGAGAGCAGAAACAGUGGUGGAACAUCGCAGCCACUCACCCCAUCUUCUAUCAGCAAACAAAAAAGCUGCCCUAAAUAUCCCGCGAAAAACGCCCCGAAGAAAUUCGCUGACUCUGUUGAUAGGAGUGUGGAGAUGAUCGAGGACAAUAAGAAGAAGACUUUUGGCCCCGGUGAAGAUUCUGGAAGAGUGGCGGAUAAGGACGACCUAUGUCCCGGUAGACGUUUAUCUCCCUCGCCUCGAGAUCAUAAGAUCAAUGUCGAAGAGAAGAGAAAGCUAAACUCCCAAAAGCCUGACACAUCUGUGAUCGAUUUGACCAGUGAUGAUGAAAGCGAUGAAGAAAACAAUGAAGAAAGCGAUGAGGAGAGGGAAAAAACUCUGUCAUCUGGCUCAAAUUCAUCCUCCCUUGAUAGUCUAGGCUGGCUCACACAGUCAACGCAGACCGUUCUCGAUUCCGCGUCCCUGGAGAUGAUGGUAGAAAAGAAACCUUCACUUACAAACGACGCUGAAUGCAGGACAGCAGCACCCACUGAUGAUGCUACCCAGAGUAUGUUCGAUGCUUCUCCCUCGGCCAGACAUCAGAUCCCCACGUGCGCUGUGGGUACUUCGUCUUUACCUCAGAUUAAACAAGAGAAACCGACAGCUGAGGAGUCAGCGUCACACACUUCUGUUUCCUCCAGUUCACAGGAGGCUCCAGUUCAAACAUCGUCAUUUCUUGUUGUGCAGAGUCCUGACGGUGGUGUUGGUCCUAGCGGUGCCCAUAUUGUCAGCUGGUCAGCUCAAGAAGGAAAUGCAACCUCUUCGGUGGAGGGUACACGCCUACGAACGGCAGAACAAGCACAGACAUGUGUUGACACUUCCUCUGUGUCUUCAUCGGUGUCUUCAUCGGUGUCUUCAUCGGUGUCUUCCUCUGUGUCUUCAUGUGUGUCUUCAGGCGUGGACAAAGCCCUCCCCUCCACCUCUCAGCAAGGUGAACACAUAUCAUCUCUACCAUGUCCUCCUUUACACCAAAGCGUUAGUUUGUCGAUAAAAGUGGAAAACUCGGAGUUACUCGGAGCAUUACCCCAGAUUAAUCAACAUCUCCAGCUCCCUUUUCCACAAUCUUCCUCAUCCUCGGAGUUACUCGGAGCAUUACCCGCCCAGAUUAAUCAACAUGUCCAGCUCCCUUUUCCACAAUCUUCCUCAUCCUCGCUUCUGACAGGGUCAGCGGGGAAAGACGCACAGUCAGGUAAUACCGUGGCAAGAUUGAGCCAAUCAGCCCCAGUGAAUCGACAGCGGCGGUACAAAGUGACGACCAAACAGCUGAGCAGCAUGCUGGAUGGCUUGGCCAACAGUCUCCAGGUGUCGCGGCCUUCCCCUUUAGAUAUGGACACAUGUGAAGGUGCGUCUUCGUCACGUUUACCAGCUUCAUCACUGCAAAAACCCAACGCUCAGGGCGCUGUGAAGGACUCUGAAGCUACCAAGCGCUCCACAAGCAUGCACAAGAACCCAACUCCGACAAAAAAGCAGCGCAAGGUAAGGGACCGGCUCAGUUACUGCGACUCGGAAGCGCAUGGAUCAGACGGCACGUCGGAGGAUGAGGGGAAAGUGAUUGGUGCCUUGGUCACAGUGGACUCAAGUGACGAGGAAACUCAGGAAUUUGCCAGACAAAGAGAAGACGUGGUCCUCUCGUGUGAAGGUUGCGAGAGCAUCGCGUCCGUCCAGAUGUGUGGUCAGUGCGCCCACGGCCAUGUCGUCUGUCUCUCCUGCCUGGAAGAAGAGGUCCGGGUCGUUAUGGCGUCCGACAAGCUUCAUUUGACCUGUCCUGUCCAUGGUUGUGAGCAAAUCAUCAGAAGAGGUGUCCGUCCUGCUCCUACUCGGGCCUGCUGGACGAUACGGUCGUCCGAUUUGUCUGUGCCGGACAAAACUGCUCAGUGAAAAAGAAUACAUAUGAAGGACGAGAUUGGGACCCUGAAUGAGAAAUAUUUAUUCCACGGUACCCAGAUGGAAAAUUUUGAAAAAAUCUACAAGGAAGGUUUUGACAUCCGGGUUCCAACAAAGAAUGGGGCAUGUUUUGGAAAAGGUAUUUACUUCGCGACAUCACCGCGUCUGUCCAUGCGUUACGCCAAUACAGGUAAGGCGAUGUUCAUUGCUCGGGUGCUGUGUGGCUGGUCGACUGUGGGCAAGAACACGUUCACUCGGCCGCCCCACCACAAGUCGGGCCGGAUGUACGACAGCUGUGUGGAUGCGCUGGAGCAGCCCAAUCUCUUUGUGUUGUACGACAACGCCCAGUGCUACCCGGAGAUUGUCGUGGAGUUUUGAAGAAACUUGACAAAUGAGAGAACCACAGUUUGCUGUUUUGACUACUCUA